GGAAGAAGCGCAUCCCUUCAACAGCGAUUCCCCGCCGGAAAACUGGCGCACAUCUGCUCCAACUGUUGAAUGUCGGCCAAGUUGCACAUUCCGGAGGUGAACAACGAAGGGAGGGGGGGAGAAAAAAGGCACGGGGGCCGAGGUUUGGCAAGGAGCGCCGAACGCGCGCCCGGUCACUCGAAAGUGAGCGGCGCUCCAUCCGCGCUCGGUUGGGCAAACAAGUGGUUGGGCUGCGAUGAGGGCGCCGCGAUGAGGGCGCGCUCGCCGUUUUGACACAAAAAAACGGAGCAGCCAGCCAGCCGUCGUCCCAGCGCGCCGAUUUGACGAUGAUCAGCUCCGUGUGCGUUUCGUCAUACCGAGGACGCAAGUCCGGCAACAAGCCUCCGUCCAAAUCAUGCCUGAAGGAGGACAUGUCCAGAGGCGAAGACUCGGAUAAGAUCAUCAUCAACGUGGGCGGCACCCGCCACGAGACCUACAAGAGCACCCUGCGCACCUUGCCGGGCACCCGCCUGGCGUGGCUGGCCCACCCGGAGCCGCAGGCGGACUCCGCGGAGUCGUGCGACUCCCCGCCGCCGUCGAGCAGCGGCGCCGGCGGCGGGGAGUUGUUCUUCGACCGCCACCCGGGCAUCUUCGCCUACGUGCUCAACUACUACCGCACCGGCAAGCUGCACUGCCCGGCCGACGUGUGCGGGCCGCUCUUCGAGGAGGAGCUGGCCUUCUGGGGCAUCGACGAGACGGACGUGGAGCCGUGCUGCUGGAUGACUUACCGGCAGCACCGCGACGCCGAGGAGGCCCUGGAGACCUUCGAGCCGCCCGAGCCCGACGACGACGCCGACGACGACGGCGGCGAAGCGCCGCGGCGCUUCGGCAUCGAGGAAAGUGAACUUAGCAUGACGCCGCGGCGCUUCGGCAUCGAGGAGUGUCCGGGUAGGUCCAGGGGCUGCUGCGAAGUUUGGCAGCCCAAGAUCUGGGCCCUCUUUGACGACCCCUACUCCUCCAAAGCGGCCAGGGGGGUGGCGCUGGCGUCCCUCUUCUUCAUCCUGGUGUCCAUCACCACCUUCUGCCUGGAGACCCACGAGGCCUUCAACGAGCUCCAGAACCGUACGGAGCUGGUGCUGGUGGGCAACGUGACCCGAAGCGAGCAGCGCUUGGAGAUGGUGACCAAGCCCGUCCUGACCUUGGUGGAGGGCGUUUGCGUGCUGUGGUUCACUUUUGAGUUCCUGGUGCGGAUCGCGUGCUGCCCGGACAAGCUGCUGUUCAUCAAGAACUCGCUGAACAUCAUCGACUUCGUGGCCAUCCUGCCCUUCUAUUUGGAGAUGGGGCUGAGCGGCCUGUCGUCCAAGGCGGCCAACGACGUGCUGGGUUUCCUGCGGGUGGUGCGCUUCGUGCGCAUCCUUCGGAUCUUCAAGCUGACCCGCCACUUCGUGGGCCUGCGCGUGCUGGGCCACACGCUGCGGGCGAGCGUCAACGAGUUCCUGCUGCUCAUCAUCUUCCUGGCUCUGGGAGUUCUCAUCUUCGCCACCAUGAUUUACUACGCCGAGCGGAUCGGGGCCAGCCCGCACGACCCCACCGGCGCCCACCACACGCACUUCAAGAACAUCCCCAUCAGCUUCUGGUGGGCCGUGGUCACCAUGACCACGCUGGGCUACGGCGACAUGUACCCGCAAACGUGGCUGGGCAUGAUGGUGGGCGCCUUGUGCGCCCUGGCCGGGGUGCUGACCAUCGCCAUGCCCGUACCGGUCAUCGUCAACAACUUUGGGAUGUACUACUCGCUGGCCAUGGCCAAGCAGAAGCUGCCCAAGAAGAAGAAUAAGCACAACCCCAAUCCCGAGGCGCAUCCCGACUCGCCGUCGCUCGGGAAGUCGGACAGCAACUCGUGCAGGGAAAGCACUCAGAGCGACACGUGCCCGCUGGCGGCCGACGACGGCCGAGCAGACUCCAAACAUAACGGCGACGCAAACGUGGCCCUUUCCGAGGAGGAAGGCUGCAGCCUGACGCAGCCUCUGUCCCCCAGUGAAAAAUGGUCCCUGCGGUGCCCGCGGCCCAGAGAUCGGACCAAGAACGAAGCCGCCUGCUUCCUGCUCACGCCCGGAGAGCCCAGCGUCCACUACGAGACUUGUAAAGAUAAGAUGGCAACCCCUGCAAACUACACGAAACCGGAUGUGAGCUCACUGACCGGAUGCUGACGAAUUAAAAUAUAAAGCACGGACUCAACCUGUCCCCCCCACCGCGCCCCCUUCCUGAAGGAUUCGAGACUCAAUUCUUCAGGCUUUUGUUCCCCCUUCCAUACACACUAAGGUGAAUAUGAGUUGCAUCUUUUACAUAUGUAAAUAGCACAUGUUGUCAAGCACGUACUGCAUGAUUGAGUGUUCUCCGAUUCUCAUGAUUUGAAUGUAGCAAGAUUUGCAUUGAAUAUGACAUGCUACUUUUAGGUUUGCCUACCUCUGCUUGAUAGUCAUCUUGUUUUUUUUUUUUUUUUAACUAUGCAGCUAUUUUCCGUAAUAGUUACGAUCCCUUUAUCUAUGACUGAAAAAAAACA